AUGGAGCAGAUAAGCUCUCCACAGCCCCACGCACACGGAGGCAAGAAGCAAUUCAAUUGCUCUGUGUGUGGGAAGUCAUUUUCACGGCCAUCACAUCUUCAUAGUCACCAGAGAACACACACGGGCGAGAAGCCAUUCCUGUGCCCUGUGUGUGGGAAGACAUUUGCAAGGUCAUCACAUCUUCAGAUUCAUCAGAGAACACACACGGGCGAGAAGCCAUUCCUGUGCCCUGUGUGUGGGAAGAAAUUUGCAAACUCAUCACAUCUUCAGAGUCAUCAGAGAACACACACGGGCGAGAAGCCAUUCCUGUGCCUUGUGUGUGGGAAGACAUUUGCACAGUCAUCACAUCUUCAUAGUCACCAGAGAACACACACGGGCGUGAAGCCAUUCUUGUGCUCUGUGUGUGGGAAGGCAUUUGCACAGUCAUCACAUCUUCAGAUUCAUCAGAGAGCACACACGGGCGAUAAGCCAUUCCUGUGCCCUGUGUGUGGGAAGGCAUUUUCACAGUCGUCAAAUCUUAACACGCAUCAAAAGCAAUUCAAUUGCUCUGUGUGUGGGAAGUCAUUUUCACGGCCAUCACAUCUUCAGAGUCACCAGAGAACACACACGGGCGAGAAGCCAUUCCUGUGCCCUGUGUGUGGGAAGACAUUUGCAAGGUCAUCACAUCUUCAGAUUCAUCAGAGAACACACACGGGCGAGAAGCCAUUCCUGUGCCCUGUGUGUGGGAAGAAAUUUGCAAACUCAUCACAUCUUCAGAGUCAUCAGAGAACACACACGGGCGAGAAGCCAUUCCUGUGCCUUGUGUGUGGGAAGACAUUUGCACAGUCAUCACAUCUUCAUAGUCACCAGAGAACACACACGGGCGUGAAGCCAUUCUUGUGCUCUGUGUGUGGGAAGGCAUUUGCACAGUCAUCACAUCUUCAGAUUCAUCAGAGAGCACACACGGGCGAUAAGCCAUUCCUGUGCCCUGUGUGUGGGAAGGCAUUUUCACAGUCGUCAAAUCUUAACACGCAUCAAAAGUUUUUGUGA